AUGGGCUUUGAUUCUGUGAAAGCUCAGGAGGCCUUGCAGGCGCUGCGUGACUUCGUGACUGCGACUGGUAACCUGGAUGCGGCAGCUUGCGUGAAAGAGCUGGUCGAAAACUCCUUGGAUGCCAAAGCGACUCGCAUCGAGGUGAGACUUCGAGAUUCCGGUGCUGAGCUCCUAGAGGCGGUCCAAAAGGGCUCUGGUGACUUCUCGACCUUCGGCUUUCGCGGAGAGGCACUGAGCGCCAUCAGUGCCAUGGGGGACCUGACGAUCGCCACGAAGACGAAAGCUUCGGCCGCAUCACUGCUCUGCUACGACAGAUAUGGAAAGCUGGCAAGCACUUCGCCCAUUGCGCGGGAAGUGGGAACUACGGUGUCAGUGCGGGAGCUCUUUAAGCGCCUGCCUGUGCGGCACAAGGAGUUCAUGCGGAAUGCCAAGUCGCAGGUCAGCGCUACACUUCGACUCAUCCAGUCGUACGCCAUCGCACAACCACAGGUCCGCUUCAGCGUGAUUGCUGAGAAGCUGCGGGGUCCAAGCGCCGGAAAAGCCACACUGCUGUGCACAUCAGGUACUGCUUCUGACUGGCACCAGGCUGCUGCUGCCGUUCUUGGCGAUGCAGCCCUUUCCAAGACGCAGAAACUCAACAUCAGUGCAGGCCCUUGGCAAGUGGAAGGUUUGAUCUCUUCUCCAGUGGCCGGCCGCCGCUCUCGGGAUGCACAGCUUUUCUUUGUGAACGGCCGACCAAUCGAUGCUCCGAAGCGGGUCGCCAAACUCAUCAAUGACACCUACCAUCAGUACAAUUCCAGAGCUUGGCCUUUGGUGAUUUUGUCCUUCACAGCUCCACAGGGCAUGGUUGAUGUGAACGUCACACCAGACAAGAAGCAGGUUUUUUUGCACGAAGAGGAGACUCCGGGAGAAUAG